AUAUUUUAGGAUGAAAAGAACCAGAUUCUGUAUUCCAACAUUUGGUUACAAAUGAAAUGGCAUGAUGUUAACUUAAUCUGGGAGCCGCGGGAAUUUGGUGGAAUACAGGAACUCAGAAUUCCGGCCAAAAAAGUAUGGAAGCCAGAUGUGCUGCUUUAUAACAGCGCGGACGAUGAUUUUGACGGAACUUACCACUCGAACAUCAUAGUAAACAACAGAGGGGAGGUCAAAUGGAUUCCUCCCGGAAUGUUCAAGAGUACCUGUCAGAUCGAUAUCGCUUGGUUCCCAUUUGAUGAGCAGAAAUGCGAUCUCAAAUUUGGUUCCUGGACAUAUGAUGGACGUUUUCUCGACCUGAUUUUUGACGGAUCUUCAAAUGGCGAUGCUUCUGACUUCAUAAGGAAUGGAGAGUGGGAUCUAUUAGGUGUGCCUGGGGUGAGGAACCAGAAGUCAUAUGAAUGUUGUCCUGAGAUUUAUAUCGACAUUACCUACACGAUCCAUGUUCAGCGCCGGACGCUGUAUUAUGGCUUUAAUAUCAUCAUACCCUGUGUCCUCAUCUCCUCCAUGUCUCUCCUCCUGUUUAUGUUACCACCAGAUUCAGGCGAAAAAAUAUCUCUAGGUAAACAAAGAGUUAAAUGUGGUGAGUCGCUUUCUUAGAACUGUAGUAGAACUGGA